UGGAGCCUGGCGGGCACUGAGUUUCGUCGGGAACUUGUGCUCGGUCAGAAUCGAGGCGAAGAUGGAGGGAACGGAGCGGCUGGAAUCUCGCGCUUCUGGGCUGAAGCGCUUGGCGAGGGCUUGACUUCGAGGCGGGGCAAAGGGAGUUCAGAAAAAGGGCUUUUCCUUACCUUUGGCGGGAGGCGCCUUCGGAAUUAAGCGGCUUCGUUUCGAGCUCAGGGCAAGAGGAGCGCUGGCCGCCCGGCUUGGCGGGAAAAAACAACGUGAGGGGAAAAGCAGACGGCGAAGGGCGCCGCCAGUUUCGUGCGCACGCGGACUGGGCAGGAGGCGAAGGCGGAAAGUGUCCGCCGACUCCCUCGGAAAUGCCGGCUGAGUGUGCCGAGCGCUGAUCGAAGAGCAAAAGCCAUUCUCCCUGAGAUGCGAUAACCGAUCGUCGUCCUACUCCUCUCCUGAGGCGGCGAAAGGGCCCGUUCGGGUCCCAGAGCGCGGUCCUUCUAGGCGGGACAGCCGGAAGGGGUUAGGAAUGUGCCAUGCCUCGGCCGGGCAAGAGCUCGUACAGCGAUCAGAAGCCUCCUUAUUCUUACAUCUCGCUGACGGCCAUGGCCAUUCAGCACUCGAGUGAGAAGAUGCUCCCCCUCAGCGACAUCUACAAGUUCAUCAUGGAGCGCUUCCCCUACUACCGCGAGCACACCCAGCGCUGGCAAAACUCGCUGCGCCACAACCUCUCCUUCAACGACUGCUUCAUUAAGAUCCCGCGGCGGCCCGACCAGCCCGGCAAAGGCAGCUUCUGGGCGCUGCACCCGGACUGCGGAGACAUGUUCGAGAACGGCAGCUUCCUCAGGCGCAGAAAGCGCUUCAAGGUGCCGCGGCCGGAGCCCCACAUGCCGGCAGCGGCAGGCAAAGCAGGGGGAGUGCUGCACCCCCACCUGAGCCACUAUUUCCAUCCUCAUCACCCGCCGCCGCCGCCGCCGCCUUCCCUGCAACCUUCAGCGUCAACCAAAGGACAUCCAGACUCGGCGGCGGCCGUGGCGGCGGCAGCCGUGGCCGUCGGAAGGUUGCCUCAAUUCCAACCUUACAGCCCGGCUCCUGGCUUCAAGCAUCCCUUCGCCAUCGAGAACCUUAUUGGCCGAGACUACAAAGGAGUGAUCCAGGGCGGUGGGUUGCCGCUGGCUUCCGUAAUGCACCACCUGGGCUACCCAAUAGCCGGUCAACAGAUCAGCACCAUGGUCAGUUCGGUGUGGCCCCACGUGGGCGUGAUUGAGCCUGCGGGCGGCAUUCCCCUUUCGCCGGGAGACUACGGACCUUUCGGGAUGCCGGUCAAGACCAUCUGCCACCCAUCGACACAGACACUGCCUGCAAUCCCUGUGCCAAUCAAGCCCACCCCGUCCAUUGCGCCAUCCACCGCCAUCUCUGCCCUGACGGUCAACCAUGUCACACAGCAGCUCUGUCAGACAACGUCUCCCGGCGCCUCCUCUUCUUCUCUUCUUGAACAGAUUCCGCCAAACUCCUCCAAUGGCAAAAUCUCCUUACAUUCUGCCUUUUACAUUCAUAGAAUGGAAGAUGGAGAAGUAUGACCCUUGACACGAUCCCAUAUAAGCAUGGGGCAAAGAUUGGUCUGGGCCUGUUGUUGAAUGUCUUUGCAAAGAACAUUUUGUGUUAUCAUAAUUAUAAUUAUCAUGUAUUUUUGUCUGUUGUAAAAUCAAAGUGUUCAGAGCCAGGUUCAGGUAAGAAUUUCUGUAUUCAAUGUUAGCCAUCAUAAACUCAGAAAUAGUCUGGUUAAUUUUGUGAAAUACUUUGCUGUAUUCAGCUAACACUUGAAUUGCUAUACAAUGACGCAAGCACGCAUGCACGCACACACAGACACCAUACUCAAGCUUAAGUCCCAAAAGACUAAAACUUUACACACAGUGGUGGUAAAGUUUGCCUCCCUGAAUUUCUUGAAAAUAAGUUUUCCUUAACCAAUGAAUUGUUGCAAUAGAAAAGAAUCAACAUUACAUAAAUGCCUAUUACUGGUUGAAUUCCACCAGAAAUAUACUGGAUCAACCUAGUGAUUUCAAUGAGACUUAUUUUCAUGUUAGCAUGUACAAAAAUGAGGUAUAGUUGGAGUGAAUUUGUAUAUAUAUAUACACACAUAUCUCAAAUGAAGUAUUUUAGCACUGUAGGUUAUGAGCUAUAAAAAUCAAAUAAAAUGUUGCCAUUGAUUGGGGUUUGCAACUUGUUCUGUAAAAUAAAUAUUCUCCCCCCCCCCAUGCUCUUGCAAGUUAAGGGUAUGCAAGCUUUUAAGUCACUCAGAAUUCUUCAUUAAUUUAUUCAAUCCUUCUUAUUUCAAACUUUUAAAAGUUAAGAAAGCAGCAACAGAAUGUCAUGCUUUUAGGAGAUUGAUAUUAAGGUCAAAGAUUUGAUUAAAAUUUAUUCUUGUUAUAUUUUUGUUAUGGUAAUUUUGAUAGUUUUGAAUAUUAGAGCAACAUGAAUUUCCCAGGGCCUAAAAAUAUUAAAAAUGACAUUUGUGCUAUGGAUUGGGAACAGAAGCAAAAAAUAAAAACAAGGUAAAAAAUUAGAAAGGAGAAAUAAGUGGAGAUUAAAAAAGAAACUGGGAUUUAAAUUUGCUUUGUAUUCCAUGUCAGAUUGAAAACAUUGCCACCAGAUAGUACAGUAAAGAGUGCAGUAAGGCAUAAGCUGAAGUUCCUGAAACUAAAGUGUAAAGCUUUUGCCCUUUUGACCCUAACUCAGAAAUAAGUUUCAUCCAACCAACACAUCAAUGUUAUAUUGCUAUAUACAUGUGCAAAAUUUGUGUUUUUCUGACUGUUUUUUAAAGAAAAAAUUAUUCUUGUGAUUUUUAUUGUCUUCAAAAGUACUAUUCUGCUUUGUGUGUGUGUGUGCUUUGAUCUGUCCUUUUCCCACUUACUUACACACUUACUACCGAUAAGCACUUUACACAAAGACGUUUCAAUGAAAUAAGAGAAUGUUCUGUUUCCAGAAAUCAGCCUUUGAGCUUUGCUUUCGGAUGGAAUCUGAGUCUCAGCUGUAGUUGGA